AUGGUUUCUACCAUGGACGCGGAUGCGGGUGCCCGUGCCCUGCAGUACCGGAUCUUCUAUCUUGGGGAUCAGUCCCUCGACAUCCAUGGCUUCAUCACCGACUAUCUGGGCCAUGGUUCGCGGGGCAUCCUCGGCCGUGCUUUCUUGGAUCAGGCUGCCCACGCCCUGAUCAAGGAAGUCUCGCAGCUGCCCAAGGCCGAGCAGUCCAAAAUCCCAGUCUUCAGAUCCAUCCAGCAGCUGAGCACCAGAUAUCGUGCCCAGCAGCAAAAGCACACUGGCAUCGACGGCGCUCUGCUGUGUGCUGCACAGAUUGUGCACUAUCUAGACCAUGUCGAGAGGAACUUCGAGGAUGUUCCCAAGCCUGAUGGCCAGUCGCUCCUCGCUGCUAUCUGCUCGGGUCUCUUUGCAGCCUGGGCCAUCUCUGUUGCCCCGUCUCUGCCGGCGGUGGUGCCCAUUGGCGUUCAAGCCGUCUUGUUGGCUUUCAGAACGGGCUUGUAUGUCCAUAAGCUCGCUACUCGCAUGUUUCCGGCUUCGGAGUCCCUAGACAAGUUCUGGACCUAUGUCUUCCCGGGCCAAGAAGAGAAGGCUCUCGCAGAGAGGCUUACCGCGGCCCAAGACCAACACAACAUCCCGGGAGCCAAUCGUGCGUACAUUAGUGCUGUGUCUGCGAACAGCAUCGCCGUGUCUGGACCUCCGCUCACGCUCAGGACGCUGUUCGACAAGGGUGUUUUGACGACUCACUCGACAGGCCUGCCUAUCUAUGGUCCCUAUCACGCUCCUCAUCUGCACCACGCCGCAGACAUUAACAAGAUCCUCCGUCUCGAGGACCGAGAACUCAACGAUGCCAUGUACAAGGCGGCUCCGCGCAUCCCCAUUGUUUCCUGUGCGAGCGGGUCGGUGCAGCCUGAGAGAGAUUGGAAGGACCUUAUCCGCUCCAUCGCCCGGCAGAUUCUCAACGAGACAUUGCGUUUUGAUAAGGUCCUAGAUGGCUGUGUCGAGUAUGCUCGCAACUGUGGUCGCGUCGUCAUCUUGCCGAUCGGGCCCUACCAGAACACUAGUGGACUUGAGGGCGUUCUCCGUGGACAGCUCAACGCAGAGGUCAUUGUUCGCGACACGCACUCUACCGUACCGGUUCCGCCAACCAUGACUGGCGGCGAUCCUCGUCCCAUGGGCAAGUGCAAGCUCGCCAUUGUUGGCAUGGCUGGCCGGUUCCCCGAUGCGGCCAGCUGCGAGAAGCUGUGGGAGCUUUUGGCGAAGGGUCUUGAUGUUCACCGGGAGGUUCCUCCGGACCGCUUCAACUGGAGGACUCACGUCGACGAGAGCGGCAAGGGCGUCAACAAGAGCCACACGAAGUACGGUUGCUGGAUUGAAGAGCCGGGUCUUUUCGACAACCGCUUCUUCAACAUGUCUCCUCGCGAGGCGAACGUGACGGACCCGAUGCAGCGGAUGGCGCUUUCUACUGCCUACCACGCCCUCGAGAUGUCUGGCUACACGCCCAACAGGACGCCGUCCACCCGGCUCGACCGGAUUGGCACAUUCUAUGGCCAGACCUCCGACGACUGGCGUGAGAUCAAUGCCGCGCAGGAUAUCGACACGUACUUCAUCACGGGCGGUGUGCGCGCGUUCGGUCCCGGCCGCAUCAACUACCUCUUUGGCUUCAGCGGUCCCAGUCUUAACAUCGACACGGCCUGCUCAUCCAGUGCGGCCGCCAUGCAGGUAGCCUGCACUGCGCUGUGGGCUCGGGACUGCGAUACGGCCAUCGUCGGCGGCCUGUCGUGCAUGACGAACCCGGACAUCUUCUCGGGUCUCAGCAAGGGACAGUUCUUGUCCAAGAGGGGCCCUUGUUCCACGUUUGACAACGCUGCUGAUGGCUACUGCCGUGGUGACGGCUGCGCUUCGGUUGUCGUCAAGCGCCUGGAGGACGCUAUUGCCGACAACGACAGGAUUCUCGCCGUCAUUCUCGGCACUGCCACGAACCACUCGGCCGAUGCCGUCUCCAUCACUCACCCGCACGGCCCGACACAGGCGAUUCUUUCUAGCUCUAUCCUGGAGGAGGCUGGCGUCGAUCCCCAUGACGUUGACUACGUUGAGAUGCACGGCACCGGCACGCAGGCCGGCGACAACACGGAAAUGCGUUCUGUGACUGACGUGUUUGCUCCCGCUGACCGCAAGCGCCCCGCCGAUAGGCCCCUCUUCCUUGGCACUGUCAAGGCCAACGUCGGCCACGGCGAAGCCGCUUCGGGUGUGACUGCCCUUAUCAAGGUCCUGCUCAUGCUCAAGUACAACCAGAUCCCGCCUCACGUUGGCAUCAAACAGGGCUCUAAGAUGAAUGUCAAUUUCCCGAAGGACCUGCCCGAGCGGAAUGUCAACAUCGCCUUCCAUCUGACUCCGUUCAAGCGGAGGGACGGCAGGCCGAGACGAGUUUUUAUCAACAACUUCAGUGCUGCCGGCGGCAACACAGGUCUCUUGCUUGAGGAUCCUCCCGUGUUGAAGCCUGAGCAGGCGGAUCCCCGCGGCUGGCAUGUCGUCACCGUGACGGCCAAGUCCAAGCUGUCGUUGCUGAAGAACGUGGAGAACCUCGUCGACUGGAUUGACAAGAACCCCAACACUCCCCUGUCGUACCUUGCUUACACCACGACGGCCAGAAGGAUCCAACAUUACUGGCGCCUGAGUGUGACGGGCCACGACCUCAAGUCGGUGCGCAAUGCCCUCCUGGAGAAGACCAAGCAAGAGAUCUCGCCCAUCCCGAACAAGGAGCCUGCCGUUGGUUUCCUGUUCACGGGCCAAGGCUGCCACUAUCUCAAGCUGGGCAAGUCGUUCUACAAGCACUACUCGGUGUUCAGGAACGCCAUUGACGAGUUCAGCGCGCUCGCGCGUGCCCAUGGCUUCCCGUCCUUCAUGCCUUUGAUUGAGGGUGUGAUCGAGGACCCGUCAGAGGAGGGCGACACCGAGGACGAGCAAGACCCGAACGAUAAGUCCAAGGACCAAAAGGAGCAGGCCAAGCUUAAGAGACUGUCGCCUGUUAUCCUGCAGCUCGGCCAGACCGCCAUCCAGAUGGCUCUCGCUCGCCUGUGGGCGUCGUGGGGUGUCAAGCCUUCGGUGGUUUUGGGCCACAGCCUUGGCGAGUACGCCGCCCUGGAGGUCGCCGGUGUCCUCUCGGCCAGCGAUGUGCUCUACCUCGUUGGGUCCCGCGCCCAACUUUUGGUCAAGAAGUGCGAGGCGCACAGUGAAAACAUGAUCGCCGUCUCGGGCGGUGUGCAGAGUGUCAUCGACGCGCUCGGCGGAGAUCGUGCACCACCCAAUGUCGCCUGCGUCAACAGCCAUCAGGAGACCGUUUUGACUGCUCCUGCCAGCGAGGCGGACGACAUGAUGACCGUCCUGACUGCGGCUGGCUUCCGUUGCACCAAGCUCCGGGUGCCCUAUGCCUACCACUCUCCCCAGGUCGAGCCCAUCCUGAACGACUUCAAGACGCUUGCCAGCGGUGUCACGUUCCAUCACCCCAAGGUCCCGGUCAUCUCACCGCUGCUCUCCAACUUUGCCAACCUCGACUCGUUCAAUCCCAACUACCUGGCGGGCCAUGCUCGCGAGCCUGUCAACUUCCUGGGUGCCCUCACCGCGGCGCAGCAGUCUGGUCGGCUCAACAAAGAUACUGUGUGGAUCGAGAUUGGCCCUCAUCCCAUCUGCGCCAACUGGGUCAAGACCAUCCUUGGUCGCAACACAGUUGCCGUUCCGUCGCUGCGCCGCAAGGAGCAGGCCUACAAGACGCUCAGCAACACGCUUAGCCAGCUGCAUGCCGCCGGCAUCAACGUCGACUUCAACGAGGUCCAUCGCGACUUCAGCCAUGCCAACGUCCUGCUGGACCUGCCCAGCUAUGCCUUCGACGAGAAGCGCUUCUGGAUCCAGUACGAAGGCGACUGGUGCUUGCCCAAGGGUCGUCUCACGGCUGCUCUGACGGGGGCCGACAACUCACCGUCGGAGCCGCCCAAGCCCAAGCUGUCAACAACCACUGUCCACAGGAUUGUCCGUGAAGAGGUCAAGGACGAUGUGGCCGUCGUCGAGAUCGAGGCCGAUCUGUGUCAGCCUCAGCUGCGCAACGUCGUCUCGGGCCAUCUUGUCAACGGCGCCCCGCUGUGCCCGUCCUCCUUGUACGGUGACAUGGCCAUGACUGUAUGCGACUAUGCAUACAAGCUGCUGCGUCCUGGCACCAAGAAGAUUGGCUGCAAUGUCUGCAACAUGCAAGUGCCGAAGCCACUGAUCUUCGACGACAAGGCCAAGAGUCAGAUCCUGCGGCUCACUGUCACGGCCAACGCGAAGUCCGCGUCCGCCGAUCUCGUCUUCCACACCGGCGAGGGCAACAAGCGGACCGAUCACGCGAUGUGCAGGGUCGAGUACAAUGAUGUCGAGGACUGGCAGGCCGAGUUCGAUCGUGUCUCGUACCUGGUCAAGACGCGCAUCGACACGUUGAUGGAGGCUGAGAAGCGCGGCGAGGCCUCGAAGAUUGGUCGCGGUCUGGCGUACAAGCUGUUCGCUGCUCUGGUUGAUUACCAGCAACGCUACCGUGGCAUGGAGGAGGUCAUUCUGGACAGCAGGACGUGCGAGGCCACGGCCCGCGUCCGCUUCCAGACCAGCCCCGAAGACGGUACCUUCUUCUUCAGCCCCUACUGGAUCGACAGUCUCUGCCACAUCUCGGGCUUUAUCAUCAACGGCACCGAUGCGGUCGACUCGCGCGAGACGGUUUACAUCUCGCACGCAUGGGGCACCAUGCGAUUCUCCGAGAUCCCACAGGCGACCAAGACGUACCGCUCGUACAUCCGCAUGCAAGAGGUCCGGGGCACCAAGAUGAUGGCGGGCGAUGCCUACAUCUUCGACGGCGACAAGCUCAUCGGCAUCGUGGGCAGCGUCAAGUUCCAGGCCAUCCCACGCAGAGUGCUCAACAUGAUGCUUCCUCCGCGCGGUGUCGUCGCUACUGCCGGCGCCCCUGCACGUCCUGCCCCGGCUGCUGCCCCGGCUCCUGCGGCAGCUGCUCCAUCGUCACCGGCAAAGAAGUCUAGCACAAAGGACAAGAAGAAGGCGAUGAAGACAGUGACGCCCUCAAAUAUCAGCCAGGUCGACAAGAAGCUGACGGGAGUCGUCUCUGCGGUCAUGGAGAUCCUUGCCGCGGAGAUUGGCUGCAGCAUGGACGAGCUGAAUGACAAUAUUGCCUUCAACGACCUGGGCGUCGACUCGCUGAUGACGCUGACCGUGAACGGCCGGAUCCGUGAGGAACUCGACAUUGACAUCUCGGCCAACGCCUUCCUCGACUAUCCGACCGUCGGCGAGUUGAAGGGCUACCUGGCCAAGUUUGAGAAGCAGCCGGGUCCUGAUAGUGUCUCAUCUCGCCACUCGGAGGUCACGUCUGAGGAUGAAGAGUCGGCAGGCAUUGGGUCGGUCUCGAACAUCACCACUCCUAGCGAGGGAGAUGAGAGCGACGUCGAGUCUGACAAGGACGAGUCGGCAGGCGACAAGCAGGGUCUGCGGCAAAUCAUUCGCGAUACUAUCGCGACUGAGAUGGCUACAGACAUCGAGGAGGUUGCUGCAGCCCCCGAUCUGGCCAACCUUGGCAUGGAUUCACUGAUGAGCCUGACGAUCCUGGGUGUCCUCCGUGAGAAGACAGGCCUCGACAUUCCUUCUGAUCUCUUUGUCCGUCACACAACGCUCGCAGAGGUGGAGAAGGCUUUGGGCGUGACUGAUGAGCCGCCCAAGAAGAAGCGUACUGCUCCAUCCUCGUCUUCUGCUUCCAAGAAGCAGGGUAAGGCUCCAGAACAGCCGCCGGCUCCGGCGCCUGCUCCUCCGAAGGCACCCAAGCAGCACCCAAGGAUCGGAGUUGAAGAGCCAGCUCCGCCCAAGGACCCUCGUCCGACCACCAUCGUUGACCACUAUCCGCACCGCAAGGCCAAGUCCGUGCUCCUCGCUGGCACCCCGUCGGCCUCCAAAAAUCUGUUCAUGAUCCCCGAUGGCAGUGGCUCCGCCACGUCGUACACCGAGAUUGCUCAUAUUGGAGGCAAUUGGAAGGUCUGGGGUCUGUUCUCGCCCUUCAUGACCACUCCCGAGGAGUACAAGUGCGGUGUCUACGGCAUGGCGGCCAAGUUCAUUGAGGAGAUCAAGAGGAAGCAGCCCACAGGCCCGUACUCUGUCGCCGGAUGGAGCGCCGGCGGCAUCAUUGCGUACGAGAUUGUCUACCAACUCACGCAAGCAGGGGACACGGUGGAGAAUCUCAUCCUCAUCGACGCUCCUUCGCCCAACACGAUCGAGCCGCUGCCACAAGGCCUGCACGCCUGGUUCGCGUCGAUCGGUUUGCUCGGCGAAGGCGAUGACGACAAUAAGAGGAUCCCCGAAUGGCUGCUCCCUCACUUCGCGGCAUCGGUGUCAGCACUGAGCAACUACAGCGCAGAGCCAAUCCCCAAGGACAAGUGCCCUAAGGUGUUUGCGAUCUGGUGCGAGGACGGUGUAUGUCAUCUGCCAACGGACCCGCGGCCCGAGCCGUACCCCAAGGGCCAUGCCCUGUUCCUGCUUGACAACCGUACGGACUUUGGGCCGAACCGGUGGGACGAGUUCCUUGAUAUCAGCAAGAUGACCUUCCGGCACAUGCCCGGCAAUCACUUCACCAUGAUGCAUGGCGUUCUUCUCAAUGGCUUCAUGAAGGAAGCACUUUUGUGA